GAAAUUUGCACCAUCAUUAAAAAGAAUCUCGAAUUUCAUGAUGACAAAAUAUCGGAUAAAUAUGACAAGAAAUAAAAAUUUGUUACAUUUUUUCCCAAAUAGUUGUAAAAUAAAAAUAAACUAAAAAAUAAUAUUUUCACGACUAAAAAUAAAUAGUUCAACUGUAUUGAUUAUACAUGACGUUUUCAAAGAGUAGAGAGCUAGAUUCAAAGCACCGUUCCUGCAAGUUUCAAAUGAAAAUAUUAAAAAACGCGCGCGUAUGAGAACCGCAACUUUCUAUGUUUGCACUGACAAAAACUUGAAAUCCCCGCUGUAAAGAUAUAGUCCCACGCGGAUGUGCACGUCAUAAAACUGAUGGGUUAAGGCAAUGUGUCGUCCUACUGAUGUAUUGUGUAAAAUCAGCACCUGCAUUAUUCUCAAAAUCAUUAGUUCAGUCAGAAAACUGGGAUAUUGGUUACAUAGUAGCUAUGUUACGACGAAAUAUGCACGCGCUAGUGGUUAUCAUCUGUGUGAUUUUGCUCACGAAUGAAAUUACAGGAGCUUUGGCUGUGGACGAUCGGCUCACUGAAGAACAGAUUGCAGAAUUCAAGGAAGCAUUUUCCCUGUUUGACAAGGAUGGUGAUGGCACAAUCACAACCAAGGAGUUGGGAACUGUGAUGAGAUCACUGGGCCAGAAUCCCACUGAGGCUGAGCUCCAGGACAUGAUCAACGAGGUUGAUGCUGAUGGUAAUGGUACUAUAGACUUUCCAGAGUUUUUAACAAUGAUGGCUCGUAAAAUGAAAGACACUGAUAGUGAGGAAGAAAUUCGUGAAGCAUUCCGUGUGUUUGACAAAGACGGCAAUGGCUUUAUCAGUGCUGCUGAAUUACGGCAUGUAAUGACAAAUCUCGGUGAAAAACUUACAGAUGAAGAAGUAGAUGAGAUGAUCAGGGAGGCAGAUAUUGAUGGAGAUGGUCAAGUGAAUUACGAAGAAUUUGUCACUAUGAUGACUUCGAAGUGAUCUCCUGUAUGUUCGCCAUUUGUGUCGUAAA